GAAGAGAAGAAGACGCGCUGCCUGCCUGUAGAACAGGGACGGCGCGCACGCAAAAGUCUGUCUUAAACGGUUUCGUCAUGCGCAGUGAUACAUUAACGACCUCAAACCCUUAAAAUUCGAGGCACAGAUUUGAGAGACAGCAGCGAGAUUUAAUGAAGUAAAGAAGUAAACAUCUGAAGGCAUAUUUUUUACAAUAUGGGUAACAUUUCAAACCCCACCAACACGAACCCACAAUGCAACUUGAGCGUGGACUUUUAUUACUACGGUUCUCUUAACCGGACUGAUUUAAAUUGUACCCCGCCUUCGGACUUUAAUGCAGAUCUGUAUGUGGUACUCCCAGUUAUUUACUCCAUCAUAUGUGCAGUGGGACUGACUGGCAACACAGCGGUAAUUUAUGUAAUACUGAAAGCGCCCAAAAUGAAGACUGUCACUAACAUGUUUAUUUUGAACUUGGCAAUUGCUGAUGAUCUCUUCACGUUAGUUUUACCCAUCAACAUUGCUGAGCAUCUUUUACACUACUGGCCUUUUGGUGAAGUGCUUUGCAAAAUUAUCUUAAGUAUUGACCACUACAAUAUUUUCUCAAGUAUAUAUUUUCUAACUGUUAUGAGCAUUGACCGAUACCUGGUAGUUCUGGCUACAGUGCGCUCGAAGCGCAUGCCGUAUCGCACUUACAGGGCUGCCAAGAUCGUAAGUCUGUGCGUUUGGGUGCUGGUAAUUCUUAUCGUGGUACCCUUCACGGUGUUCGCAGGAGUCUACAUUAGCCCAGAAGAUUCUGCGCGAAAAAGUUGUGUUUUAAGUUUCCCCAGCCCCGAAGGUUCAUGGUUCAAGGCAAGCCGGAUUUACACCCUCAUACUGGGCUUUGCUAUUCCCGUAUCCACGAUUUGCAUACUCUACACUAUGAUGUUGUACAAACUGCGAAACAUGAGGUUGAACAGCAACGCAAAGGCACUGGACAAAGCUAAAAAGAAAGUGACCGUAAUGGUGUUUAUAGUUCUUGCCGUUUGUCUGUUCUGUUGGACCCCGUUCCACCUCAGCACCAUCGUAGCUCUAACCACGGAUCUACGAAUUACACCGCUUCUGAUUGGAAUUUCUUACUUCAUCACAAGCCUGAGCUACGCGAACUCCUGCCUAAAUCCGUUCCUCUAUGCCUUCUUGGACGACAGCUUCAGAAAAGCCUUUAAGAAGAUGUUAGAAUGUCGGACUGCUUAAAUGUACCAGCUUUAUGGAAGAUUGUUGCGGGUCUGUGUCUUCGAAAGUAAUAUUUCAUGGCUGGAUGUGUAACGCAGUCUCAGGAUAUGCACGUCAAAAUUGGAGAACGUCUAGGUCGCUUAAAUCUAACAUGAGCAUUUGUCUCCCUCUUGUGCCAAUGAAGUGAACAUCUCCCGCUAAAAGGGUAUUUAAUAACGUAUCCACAGCAAUUAAGCUACAAGUAUUACAUCAACAUACUAUAAAGCUGUAACAUAUUAUCUGAACAAAAUACGCAGUCGUCAGCCCUUUUUGUUUAUUAGA